AGCAUGCUCACUCCCUCUUUCCAAGGUACGGAUGCCGAGCGAGGGAGCCUCGGCGCGGAUAGGGAGCAAAGCCAUGGAGGGUGGAAGGAAGCGGCGGAGCGCCUCUUUCCCGCUGCUGCUGAGUCUCGCCCUUGAGCUCGUCCUGCCGGUCGCCCAGGCUCGGAGCCUCCGCUUUGUUACCUUGUUAUACCGCCAUGGAGACCGCUCUCCUGUGAAGGCAUACCCCAGAGAUCCCUAUCAGGAAAGCGCCUGGCCUCAGGGAUUUGGGCAACUUUCUCAGGAAGGAAUGCAGCAGCAGUGGGACCUUGGUCGAGCGCUUCGAAGGCGUUAUGAUGGAUUCCUCAAUUCCUCAUACAAUAGACAAGAGAUCUACAUACGCAGCACAGAUUUUGAUCGGACCCUGAUGAGUGCCGAGGCCAAUCUGGCAGGACUGUACCCUCCCGAAGGGUGGCAAGUGUUCAACCCCAAUAUUUCUUGGCAGCCGAUUCCUGUCCACACAGUACCUGAUUCAGCAGAGCAUCUCCUGAAAUUUCCAUUAUCUCCCUGUCCCCGUUACGAACAGCUGCAAAAUGAGACCCGGCAGACAGCAGAGUAUGUGAAUAAGACCAUCCAGUACAUGGGAUUUCUGGAGAUGGUGGCAAACAAGACGGGAAUUCAGGAUGUCUCCCUCGAGUCGGUCUGGAGUGUAUAUGACACACUCUUCUGUGAGAAAACACACAAAAAACAUCUUCCCGAUUGGGUAACUCUCAAUGUGAUGACUCAGCUGAAGCAGCUGAAAGAUUUCAGCUUCGAAUUCCUCUUUGGGAUCCACAAACGGGUGGAAAAAGCUCGUUUGCAGGGUGGGGUCCUUCUGUCUCAAAUAAGGAAAAACCUUACUCUUGCUGCAAAUGCCUCCACACCUCGCCACUUCAAAAUGCUAAUGUACUCAGCACAUGACACCACCCUUGUGGCACUGCAGAUGGCUCUGGAUGUUUACAGCGGGAGGCAACCACCAUAUGCCUCGUGUCAUAUAUUUGAGCUGUAUCAGGAGGAUGAUGGUAACUUUUCAGUGGAGAUGUUCUUUCGGAAUGAGAGUGGGAAGGAGCCUUACCCAGUGCAGCUGCCUGGCUGCGCACAGCGUUGUCCCCUGCUGAAUUUCCUGCAACUCACCGAGCCUGUUAUUCCACAGGACUGGAAACAAGAAUGUCAGAUAGCAAGCACCAUAAAAGACACAGAACUUAUUGUGGUUUUGGCUGUCUGUGGAUCCAUCCUCUUCCUGCUUAUUAUCCUGCUCCUGACAGUACUCUUCCGUUCCAAGUCCCAGCCUCCCGGCUACCGGCACGUUUCCAAUGAAGGAGAGGAACAGCCUUGACAUUUGCUCCAGCCCCUCCUGAGGCAGCAGGAGAGAACGGUGCUGACUCUAGAGACAAGAGGGGCUUCUUUCAGUGACUAAGGGUCUUCUUCAUUUGUCCUGAUUGCUGCUUCUAAGCCAGAAGGCCCAGACUCUGCGGUGGAGCUGUUGUGACUAUCGGAUGCAGUCGAGCUGCCAAGCGAAUAAUACAGUCAUGAACUAGGAGUGAAAUGCAAGCUUGAUACGGGGGUGCUAUUUGCCAGAACGUGACUGGUUCUAUCAAGGACCCCGCCUUGCUUCUUUUGAACCCAAUAUGCUGAAGUCUCUGCUACUGGUGCAGAAUGGGCAGCCUUCCCAACUGAAACCUGCUGCUCCUCAGAAAGCCUUCCUUCCACCUGGCAGUUGUUACUUGAACCUCCCUGAACUGUGGGAAAGGGGCCUGGUGCUAUAACUGCCUUCUCCAGCUGAGUUAUUACCUGGGAAUCAAACCACUGCCUCUCUGUCUUACGUACUUGGCUCUUAGCCACUGGGUCCAUACAGAAGGAUAAGGUUGGGGGCUGGACCCAAUCUUAUAUAACAGAGGAAAAAAUGACUUUCUCAAAAGCAGCCUUCUUCCCAUUUGUCACUGACUACAGAAAUUCAGUAAGUGGAACACAGUACACUUCCUCUGUCUCUCCACUAUUUUCAGCCUCAACGUAUUCUUACAAAGCAGUGCAGCCCUGUGUUUAAUGUGAAGUGAACUAGUGGAAUUUAGAAGUGCUUAUUAGCAAAGGCCUGGCUAGAAUCAUUCUUUAAAUGCCCUGUAUCAUGCACAAUACUCUGGACCAGCAGAGAUUCAAACAAAAUCUGCUGUUUUAAAAACAAAGGUAAGUCUCUGAGGCAGAAAAAGUAGCUAAGUAUGUUGCCCUAUAGAAAGAAUCUUUGUGUAUCAAGUGUAGCAUGAGAAUUUCACAGUAAGGAUCUGCAGCUUUUGUGGAAAAUCCUCCUAUCAUGCCACACUUUAUAUAUGACAGCAUACAUAUUCUUUCUAAUACAUCUUCAAGCACUUUCUCAUCAUGCAUGUUAUAUCUGACAUGCAAAGAACACAAAAAUAAGCAUCUCUGCUGUUCUAAAAACACAAAGAAAUUAAGAACACUCACAGCUGCACACAAAUGUCUUGGGUACAAACAAGAAGACAAAAAGCAAGCCCAGACCCAGGCUUGAACAGAAGUGCUUCUGAGCAUAUACAUAAUGUGUUUCCUUCAUGCUUGACAAACUACAGCUUACCUGCUCUCUACAUACACUAAGGAAUAAGUGUCCAGGCAGGCAUGAUUGCAAACACAGGCAUGAGUUCCACAGCAUACUUUGCAAUCAAAUAACAUAGUCCUCCUCUCCAAAAAACUGAACACACACUUUGCUUUUCUCUCCUCCCCGCUGCUUCCCAUCCCCUUUCAGACAUAGCUGCUCAAAACAAGAAACAAGUGUUCUCUCUGCACAUUUCUCUGUCCUGCUCCCAUAGGCAAGAAAGCCUCAUUCCUUCGUCUUCACCCAGGGCUCAGUCCAGGAAAUCUGAGGCCAAAUCCAGAAAACUGUGUCUUUCAUUUCCCUCCUUAAAAGUAGCCCAUGCUGGUUUUUCUCCCCACCUUUCCCAAGUACAGCAACUGAAUUCUUCAGAAAAGAAUCAGAGGCUUGAAAAGAACAAGAGGUGCCUAAUAAGAACUUCACUUGUUUGGUCUUUUCCCUUGGAUGCAGAGAGGAAGCCAGGAUUUUUAAAUAUGGGAGCUGGAUGAGAAAGCAGCUCUGCUAAGUGGGAAGAGUUAGUUACUGGGAGAACAGCAAUCAGUAUUUAAAAUGGCCAGUGCUUUUUUUUAAUGAAAAAAAGUGCCAGUACUCACCAUGAAGUUCUUACAGUAAGUGUCACACUUUUAACAUUUGGAGGAGGGGGAAGGUGCCGGCACUGCGUAUCCUUGAGUACCCUGGAAAAAACCACUGGAAAUAACAGACAUAUCUAAGCAUGGGAUUGUGGGGAGCUGGCAGUCCUAAUCUUUCCCCCAGAAAGAUGUGCUGCUCAUUCUGUGGCUUCAGCACAUGCAUUAAAAUAAAGACAGAGUAUUCCUGUUCCUCACUACAUUA